AUGGUCAAAACACAAUUUGGGAAAGGUAUCAAAAGAAUUCGUUCAGACAAUGGUAGAGAAUAUGUCAAUCAUACUUUUUCUAACUUCACUAGUAAACAUGGCAUAAUCCAUGAAUUCACAUGUGUCGACACCCCUCAACAAAAUGGUGUCGCAGAAAGAAAAAACCGUCAUUUACUUGAAGUUGCUCGAUGUCUUAUGUUUCAAAUGUCUGUUCCCACUUCAUAUUGGGGAGAGGCAGUUCUUACUGUUGUCUAUCUGAUUAAUCGAGUCAUAUCUCGUGCUUUAGGUAAUACCAGUCCCGUUAAAUUUAUGCUCUCACAUUUUCCUUCUGCUCCUAUAUUACAGAAUCUUAAGACUCGUGUGUUUGGUUGUGUUGCUUUUGUUCAUGUUCAUAAACAAUAUCGCAACAAGUUGGAUCCUCGUGCUGUCAGUUUGUGGUUGCAGGUUGAUUCAAAAUCUAUCUCUGACCAACCAAAAUACCACCAAAUACAUACAUCGAUUCAACAAAAAUUCACGGUAAAGGUGAAAGAGAUUAAUUCAGACAAAGCUACAUGGAAUUUUAAGGCAAAAGUUAUCAGGCUUUGGGAAGUAAGUGAUUUCAAUCGUCCUAAUAAUCCUUUUUCAAUCGAAAUGGUAUUGAUGGAUUCUGAGGGUGAAAGGAUACACGCAACUAUAAAGAAAACGCUAAUUUAUAAGUUUAAAGAUGAUUUGAUGGAAGGAAAAGUGUAUAGUUUUGAAAAUAUGGGUGUUUCGACCAAUGGUGGUGCUUAUCGUACCACGCACCAUCGUUAUAAAUUGAACUUUCAGUUUGGUUCAUUGGUUCAAAGACUUACAAAUGUUGAUGUUUCUGGGUCUCAGUUUAAUUUGGUUCCUAUUUCUGAUGUUGUCAGCGGAGGUUAUGACACUGAUUUUUUAGUGGAUGUUAUUGGUGUUUUGACUGGUGUGGGUACUGAGCGUGAGAUAACCAAUCAAAAUGGAAGCAGCACAAAGCUUAAUGUUGUUGCCUUGGAGGCAGAUGGGCAUAAACUACAGUGCACUUUGUUUGGACCUUAUGUUGAUGAACUUAAUAAUUUUCUUGCUUCUGGAGAUCACACCAAUGCUGUUAUGAUUGUACAACUUGCAAAGGCAAAGACUUUUCAAGACAAGAUUCAUAUACAAAAUUGCAUGAAUUGCACCCGGCUGUUCUUUAACCCAAAUUGUCAGGAAAGUAUAAUCUUGAAGGAAAGCUUGCCUGAAAGUCUAGAGAGUCCUUCUCCGAUGACGCUUACCCAAAUCACUGCUGAGCCGGGAGUUAGCCCACUCGAUGAGUUCCUAUUCAACUCACCAAGAAUCACUUUGCAGGCCAUGAAAGAUGCCACAAAUGAAUCCGUGAAUGUUGUCUGUGCAACUGUCAAAAGGAUUUUGAACCCAGAAUGCUUCUGGUACACUGCUUGUGUUUGUAACAAAUCUGUUAUUCCAGAUUCAAACAUGUUUUUUUGCGACAAAUGCAAUAAGCAUGUGUUGAAGGUUAUACCUAGGUAUUGCAUGAAGGUUAGGGUUAUUGAUCAGACGGAUUCUGCCACAUUUGUGAUAUUUGACAAAGAUGCAAGCUCUUUGUUCCAAAUGAGCUGUGCUGAUAUGUUAGAUGACAUCCAAAGGGUUGCUGGUGUUGGAGGGGUUCCAUCUCAAUUAACUAGCCUGAUUGAUAAGACUUGGUUGUUUAAAGUGGAGACCAAACCUUCAAAUAAUCCUAGAUUUGAACAGACAUUUAAAGUCAGAAAAAUCUGCACCGAUGCUAACAUAAUCAAGCAAUUUCAAGACAAGUGGGAUCAUGAGGAAGCUUCAAUUAGCAAGCUAAACAAUGAGGUUGGUUCAUUGAGUACUUUGAUUGGCAAAGGGAAGGAUGUAUUAGUUUGUGGUUCUACUAAUAUCUUAUCUGAGGAUUCACUGUCAUUGAAUGAAAGUAACUCCAAAGACCAAGGAAAGUCAGUUAUUUGUGAUAAUACUCCUAUUGCAUGUACCCAAGAUUUAAUGUGUAAAUUUUCUUCUACUGUUGUGGACCUUGACGAUCCUUCUCUUGACACUUAUAUUCGCAACAAAGAUGGUGGUGAUAUAAAGAAAAGUGAUAUGUCUUCAAAGCUUUCAAUUGCUGCAAGUAGUCUAGAGGGAGGAGGAAAGGACAUAGUUGUUGAGGCGGUUGAUCUUCAAAAAUACGUUGGAACAACGACCAAAGAAGAAGCUGUUGAAAAAACUUAUAGUGGAGUUGUUCAUAAAGAUGAAUUUGUGGCCAACAAAAACAUCAAGGAAGAGAAAACAUUGGCUGGAUGUGGACAAAUGGCAAAAGGCAUGGUCAUUGAGGGUAGUUCUGUUGGAAAAAUUCAACAAAUUAAGGGAAUGACAAGAUCUGAUGUUGUCAAUCUUGAUGAAGAUAUUCAUGAGUCUGGUUCUAGCAUGAUAAUAGCUCCUAAUCAAAUUGGUUCAACUGACAUUAAAGCAAUCAAGGGAAAAAAAAUAGGCAAGAGAAUUUCUCCUCAAAAGGAAGAUGAAGAUGACAAUGCACCUAUCAAGCUUUUGAAAAGAGCAAUCAAAAUUGAAAAGAUUACUUAGGAUUUAAGUGUGUGAUAUGUUGUUAGGUGCUUUUGUAUUUGUUGAAGUUGAUUAUGUAAUUUUGUUGGCCCAGGGUAGUUGGUCUAUUUUGAGGUUAUUUUUUUUGUUUUAAGAUAAUCAGUACUAUCAAAUCCCUAUUUAGUAAAAAGGGUUUUAGUUCAAUUUUUAUGUUGUUUUGUACUAUUUGGCCCAGUGGCAGUGGGCAGUUAAUUAGGAAUAUAUAUAAUUAAUUAUGAUUUCGUGUUA